CUCGCACUUCGGAAAAUUACAACUUCACUUUGUCAUUUUCUUCUAUUUCCACCAUUAAAGCUCAAGAAAACGAAAGGUUAAGAGAGAUAAACAGAUAGAUUUAGAGAUAGAGAGAGAGUGUGUGUGAGGAGACAGGAGAGAGAGAAAGAGAGUUCCUUUCACUCUCUUCUUCCUCUGCAAAUCUGACAGAGAAAAAGAGUUCAUUUACUUCACGGGAGCUUAACUUUUUCUGAGAACCUGGAUGGGCUUCUAGUUUCUGUUUCCUGGAUCUUGAAUUUGAGAUCUUUACAAAGAUGACCUGGGUUCGAUUCGCAAUUGAGCAAAAAGACGGUACCUUUGCGUACCCACCACCGUUUUACAGAGACCCAAUUCUCCCUCCGCCGUCUCCUCCACCACCGUCCGGCAACAGAAUCAGCCCGGCGGUUCUCUUCGUCAUCGUCAUCCUAGCCGUCUUGUUCUUCAUCUCCGGCCUUCUUCACUUGCUCGUUAGGUUUCUCAUCAAGCAUCCUUCUCCUGCUUCUGCUUCCGCUUCGAGGUCUAACAGAUACCCAGAGAUCUCAACCAGCGACGCUCUUCAAAGACAGCUUCAGCAGCUCUUCCAUCUCAACGACUCUGGUCUCGACCAAGCCUUCAUCGACGCUCUGCCUGUUUUUCACUACAAAGAACUGGUCGGUGCCUCCAAGGAGCCGUUCGAUUGCGCGGUUUGUCUCUGUGAGUUUACUGAGAAAGAUAAGCUGAGAUUGUUGCCAACGUGUAGCCAUGCCUUUCAUCUUAACUGUAUUGAUACUUGGCUUCAGUCUAACUCGACUUGCCCUCUUUGUCGUGGCACUCUCUUCUCCCCUGGCUUCUCCAUGGAGAAUCCAAUGUUUGACUUCGAUGAUAUAAGAGAAGAGGAGGAAGAGCGUGUAGCUGAGAAAGCUAUGGAGAUUCAAGAAAUCGUUGUGGAGAAAGGGGUUUUACCGGUGAGGUUAGGGAAGUUCAAGAGGCUUGACAAUGUUGGUCAAGGACAGGAAGGUCAUGAUGGUGUAGGAGAGACUAGUAGUAGUAAUCUAGAUGCAAGGAGAUGUUUCUCAAUGGGUUCGUAUCAGUAUAUACUCGGUAACUCGGAGCUUAAAGUACCGUUUGGCAACGAUAGGCAACUGCGUUUGAAACCUCAAGAGAAAGAGUCUCAGGAUUCAUCAUCUGAAGAGAAGAAGAUGAGUAGUGUUGUGGCUAAAGGGGAGAGCUUUUCGGUUUCAAAGAUUUGGUUGUGGCCUAAGAAAGACAAGUUCUCUUCAGAUGCUCAAAGGAGGUUGCCUUCUUCAUCGCUCAACGUCGAUGAACUUCCAAGACUUCCAUGGAUGGAAGAACACAAGAAGCUGGAGAACGGUGAAAGGUAGUAUCUUUUGCUCAUUUUUUUCAGUCCGAACCAUUGAUAAGUUUUUAGAGGGUUUACUGAUUAUAUCUUGGGGGUUUGACAAUCAUAUGUUGUAAGAUAAUGUUAUAAGGUUUAUAAGAAAUUCAUAUUGCAUCUUGGUUGUUAA